UCCAAAUUAAUUUUUAUCUUUUGUCAUGAACAACUAGUGCUCUCUCAUCUUCCGCAAAGCUUGCUCUACGAUCUUGUUUAGAAAUACUUAUUUAAACCACAAAAUACGAAACGCCGGGAAAUCUUUGUAAAAUGCACGGAUUGGAGACAUCUGUACACUGGAAAAAUCACGCAGUUUUCGGAAUCUUGUUGUUACUCUGCUGGGCCACGCGUGUGGAAAGUGGCAAAGUUGACGAUGAUUGGGAAUCUACAGCUGUCGCAAAAGCGGAAAAGACUUUACGUUUAUUAUCGGAGCAUUGCAAUUUUGAAACCCUGAAAUGCGAUACUGCUCCCAGCGACUACAGAAUUUUUCGCCUGGAACAGCCUGAAUUCUCUCAGCUGGCCGGGAACGAAACGAACCAGGCUGUUGAAAAUGGAGGUGGUAACGAAGCCGACAUUCCCAGAAAUUGGCGGGAUUAUUUGCAUCCUGAAAACUUCCCUGCUACUGCAUUUGUCCAAACCGACCAAAGCGACUAUCCCGCUCAGAUCUGCGAGGGCGACAUCUUAACCUUCUCUUGCAACUCGUCUGCAAGUGAAGAAGUGAAUCAGCUGGAAAUGAACGGCGAAGUGCGAUGGAAGAAAGCCACGAUCCCGUUUUUCAUCAGUCCGGAGAUAACAGGUGACUUCCGGGAUGUGGUUCUGGAAGCAAUGAUCAUGAUCUCGCAAAACACUUGCGUGAAUUUUGUGCAAGGGAAUGAUAUUCGACGAGAAGAUAUCGUGGUGUUUGUACCGACCACUUAUGAUUUUUAUGGAACGGGGUUUGCAACAAUUGGUGGACAAAAUAAACGGAAAGUUGUCAAGAUUCAGUACCCAACGUACCGGAAAGGCCGUAUUAACGCGUCUGUGCGAGGAGAAGUUUUGCAUCUUUUGAUGCAUGUUUUGGGAUUCGGCCACGAGCAUAAUCGUCCUGAUCGAGAUCAGUAUUUGUGGAUUAACUAUGCGAACAUAGAGAAUGGUCAUGAAAAUGAUUUUGAUAUUGGAAAUCGUACCGGACAAGCGUUUAUUCACGGACCAUACGACUACGAUUCGAUUACGCAUUUCGGAAGCGGGAUGUUUGCUAAAGAUCCAUCCACCCCGACACUCAUUCCGAAAGAAAGAGGCAGGCGAAUUGGUCAACGUGAUGGACUAAGCAGUGGAGACGUGCAUAAAAUUAAUAAAUUAUAUCGGUGUGGAGAAGAUGUCAGCAAGUCCGACCGACCUCGCUUGGCCCGCAAUUUAAAUGACGAAGACUUAGUGACGGAAGAUAUGAGAGCUGUGCCGAAAAAUUCUGUUUCUCAAGAUAUCGUCGUUCAGCCAAGCAGAUGUCCAGUUUGCGUUUGUCCCAACGUCUGUACUGAAAUUCAAGAUGAAUCGAUGCAAAAUGGUACUGCCACGCUGAAUAUAACGGCUGCUAAUUGGCCAACAACGAGCACGGUUAGCACACCUUUUUCGACUAAUCACCUGCAAUCCGUACCACCGACUGGAAAUAUACAGGCACCAGCAACCGUUGAUUCGAUGGCAAUGCAGAAGAUGAGAGGAAACAGCCCAGCGGAUGAUCCGGUUCGCCAAAUGGUCCAAGGAGCAUUGUCAAAUUCAGGGCUUUCCUAUGUUCUGAGUAAAAGCCCAUUGGCUGGACAUUCGUUUCGCACUAAUCCAGGCCGAGCUUUUUCGCAUCUGCUCCCGACUAACGAUGUUUUGUCAGAAAGGUCAUCAUACAUCCCAACCGCUGUCCAAAAUAUGGGUCUGCGGCGCUGAUUAUAUUCUGCCUUCUUACAUGUACAAUAUAGGUACGUGUGUUAGUGAGAACUGACCAUAAUUCUUGAUACUACUUGACAAGAGCGUGGAUUGGAUCAGAAGCACGGAUAAUUUUACUACCUGUAUAUAAUAUACCACGCACCUGGCGCAAAAGCACCCUUGAAAGUAACGUAAUACUACCAGUACAAACUGAGAUUCAACUCGGGUCCGCCAAUACUGUUUUGAUUUUAUGUGAGCUAAAGGCCUACUGCAGCGUUUCAUAUAUCCUGCAGACUGCAGUCCAGAUUCUGCUGCGUUAUUUCACUUAUUUGCUUUGUUGCACAAAAAUUAAUAAUAGUACGAGUAUUGUGGAGGUUAACUGUUCGGCCACAAUUUCGUUUUUGAUGGCUUUGGGACAAAUACCGACAAUGAAAAUUGUUUUAAAAUACGAAAUAAGCAAUAAACACUCG